UCAAUUGGUGUAAUCUUGAAUUCCAUAUUCCGACAUAACAUGAGCCGUCAGAUCCGAAUAUCGCAGCGGCUCCUCCUCAAAUUUGAAAUUCUGUCAGUCCCCCAAUCAUCCCGCUCUCCUUUUCUCGUCCUCACACACUACACACACUGAGGGAGAGAUCUGAUAAUUGUUUCCAUCAAAAAUAAAAUUCACACACACACACACACACACACACACAGAUACAGUGUCCUGAGAUGUCGGCUCGACACGAGAAGGAGAAGGGAGUUAAUGUGCAGGUUCUCCUCCGGUGCAGGCCGUUCAGCGAUGAUGAGUUGCGGAACAAUGCGCCUCAGGUCGUGACGUGCAACGAGUAUAUGAGAGAGGUCUCAGUUUCGCAGAAUAUUGCCGGCAAGCAUAUUGAUAGGGUCUUUACGUUUGAUAAGGUGUUUGGACCUAGUGCUCAACAAAAGGAUCUUUAUGAGCAAGCUGUUGUCCCAAUAGUCAAUGAGGUUUUGGAAGGUUUCAACUGUACUAUAUUUGCCUACGGACAAACUGGGACAGGAAAAACUUAUACCAUGGAGGGUGAUUGUAAGAGGUCAAAGGGUGGUGCAAACGGAGAGUUGCCACCAGGAGCGGGAGUCAUACCUAGAGCAGUAAAGCAAAUUUUUGAUACAUUAGAGAGUCAAAAUGCAGAGUACAGUGUUAAAGUCACUUUCUUGGAGCUAUAUAAUGAAGAGAUCACCGACUUGCUAGCCCCUGAAGAUUUGUCUAGAGUUGCCUUGGAGGAGAAGCAGAAAAAGCAAUUGCCGCUCAUGGAAGAUGGGAAAGGUGGUGUUCUUGUUAGAGGACUAGAGGAGGAAAUUGUGGCAAGUGCCUGUGAGAUUUUCACUUUACUUGAAAGGGGAUCUGCUAAGCGUCGCACUGCUGAAACCCUACUUAACAAACAAUCAAGUCGAUCACAUUCUCUCUUUUCCAUAACGAUACAUAUAAAGGAAGCCACACCUGAAGGUGAAGAACUAAUAAAAUGUGGCAAGUUGAAUUUGGUUGAUUUGGCUGGUUCAGAGAACAUCUCUCGUUCCGGUGCAAGGGAGGGGAGGGCAAGAGAAGCAGGAGAAAUAAAUAAAAGUUUGCUAACAUUAGGAAGAGUGAUCAAUGCUCUGGUAGAGCAUCUUGGACAUGUUCCUUAUAGGGAUAGCAAACUCACGCGUUUACUUCGUGAUUCCUUGGGGGGACGAACAAAAACUUGUAUAAUUGCUACAGUAUCACCAGCUGUUCACUGUCUUGAGGAAACGCUUAGCACAUUAGAUUAUGCCCACAGGGCUAAACAUAUAAAGAAUAAGCCUGAGGUGAAUCAGAAGAUGAUGAAAUCCACUCUGAUAAAGGAUCUUUAUGGUGAAAUAGAACGACUCAAAGCAGAGGUUUAUGCUGCACGAGAAAAGAAUGGGGUUUACAUCCCUAAGGAGCGAUACUAUCAGGAGGAGAGUGAUCGAAAGGCAAUGGCAGAUCAAAUUGAACAAAUGGGGAUGACAAUAGAAAACCAUCAGAAGCAAAUAGAGGAAUUGCAAGCUAAAUACAAUGGUCAGGUUGAACAAUGUGCUGAUUUGAGCAGCAAGCUGGAUGCAACCCAAAAAGACUUGAGCGAAACAACCAAAUUGUUGGCGAACACUCAGGAUGAACUAAAGCGAUGCCAAUACUCCCUCAAGGAGCGGGACUUUAUCAUUUCUGAGCAGAAAAAAGCUGAAAAUGCGCUGGCUCAUCAAGCAUGUAUACUGCGGGCUGACUUGGAAAAGUCCCAGAAGGAUAAUGCUUCUCUAUUUCUUAAAAUUGCCAGAGAGGACAAAUUGAAUGCUGACAACAGGUCAACUGUGAACAGUUUUCAAGCUGAUCUUACUCAGCAGCUCAAUACACUUAGCAACUUGCUUGCUGGAUCUGUGUGUCGGCAAAGUGAACAUCUCCAACGUGUUGAGAAUCUCUGUAAUUCUUUUCUCGAAGUACAUGAUAAGGCUGCUGUAGACCUAAAGAACAAAGUAAGCGCUUCGAGGACUCUGUAUAUCUCUCAUUUUGAGGCUGUUCAAAAUGUUGUUCGGUUGCAUAAAGCUGGUAGCAAUGCUGCUUUGGAUGAACUGUCAGCUUUGGCUUCAUCGAACUCAAACUCUAUUGGAGAAUUGUUAGCUGCAGAGGCUGUUGAAGUAAAUUCAGUUUUUGAUGACCUUCAGCAAACACUAUCAAGUCAUCAAGGUGAAAUGGCUCACUUUGCAGGAGAGCUUCGGCAGAGAUUUAACGCUAGUAUGGACCACUUGAUGAACACUUCAGAAUCCCUUCAUGGAUUUCUUGAGAAGCUUCUGGGAGAAUCAAAAAGGCUUGGAAGUCAUGCGACUCAAGUUGAUGAAGUUCAGACAAAAUGCAUUGCUGAAUUUCGGAAAGCUUAUGAGGAACAGUCCAGGUCAGAUGCAGAGAAGCUUAUUGCGGAUAUGACCAGUCUGGUUUCUGAUUGCAUGCGCCGUCAGAAAGAGAUGGUGGAUGCAAGGCUUGAUAAUCUUAAGGAUAGCGUAACUGGCAACAAACUGUUUUUGGAUGGACAUGUUUCAACCAUGGAUGGCAUUACAGCAGAUCUGAAAAGGAAAUGGCAGGAUUGCUUUACCCAAGCAGAAAGUAACCUCAAGGAUAAUGCAGAUUUCUCUGCAGCUAAGCAUUGUCGUAUGGAGCUACUUUCACAGAACUGUGUAAACACUGCUGAUACAGCUUUGAAGCAGUGGGAAAGAAUCCAAGAAUCAUUAAAUGAGAUGGGAAGUCAGCAUGCUUCAAGAAUUGCGUCGCAUGUUAGGAACAUGAGUGAGAGUAUUGAGCAACACGAUGUUGAGAUUGAAUCUGCAAGAAUUACAGUUGCGGAAGAUACUCAGAAGAGUGCUGAAGACAUUAUUCAUUGUUUUGACGGCUUGUCAGAGCAAGAGACACUAUCUGUUUCUGAAAUCCUGACGACUUCUAGAGCUCACUCAGAAACAAUCGUGAACCUUAAGAGAGACCAUUCUCAGCAGGCAGCCUCAAUUGAAAAGCAUGCUAUUAAUACUUUUGGGCAAAAAUAUAUGGAUUAUGAGCCAACAGGGUCCACACCUACUAGGUGUGAGCCGGAUAUUCCGAGCAAGAGCACUAUCGAGUCACUUUGCUCAAUGCCUAUGGAGGCCCUUCAAGAAGAAUUCCGGGAAAAUAAUUCAUAUGAAUCAUUUCAAAUGAAGGAAGUGAAGCCAUCCCUUAUUCCCCGUGCACCACUCACACAGAUUAACUAGCAGCAAC